CUCUUUAAACACUUUUAUAUACUCGUAUUUGUGUAGAGCUUUCAGCAUGGCCGUUGGCAAGAAUAAACGACUUAGUAAAGGAAAGAAGGGGUUAAAAAAGAAAAUCGUUGAUCCUUUUACUAGAAAAGAUUGGUAUGAUGUAAAGGCUCCUUCGAUUUUUGAAGUUCGUAAUAUUGGAAAGACCCUUGUUAACCGUACGCAAGGUUUAAAAAACGCCAACGACGCCUUAAAGGGUCGUGUGUUCGAAGUCUCUUUAGCAGAUUUGAAUAAAGAUGAAGAACAAGCUUUUCGUAAGAUAAAACUUAGAGUUGAUGAGGUACAAGGUAAAAACCUGUUAACCAAUUUUCAUGGUAUGGACUUUACCUCCGAUAAACUUCGAUCUCUGGUCAAGAAAUGGCAGUCUCUCAUCGAAGCUCACGUUGACGUAAAGACAACAGAUGGUUACUUGUUGCGUCUUUUCGCAAUUGCUUUUACAAAAAGACGACCCAAUCAAGUUCGAAAAACUACUUAUGCUCAAUCAUCUCAAAUUCGACAAAUUCGAAAAAAAAUGUUUGAUAUUAUGACUCAACAAGCGGCUACUUGUGAUUUGAAAGAGCUAGUACUGAAAUUUGUACCUGAAUCAAUUGGUCGUGAAAUUGAAAAGGCGUGUCAGGGAAUUUAUCCCCUCCAAUUUGUAUACAUUCGUAAAGUUAAAAUUCUUAAAAGUCCUAAAUUUGAUGUACAAAAAUUAAUGGAAUUACAUGGAGAUAAUAUUGAUACAGGUUCCAAAAUGGGAGGUAGUGGAGAUUUCAAAGAACCAGAAAUUCAAGAAUCUGUGUAAAAAAAUUUUUUACUUGAAAAAAAGCAUACUUAUUGCAUGAUUUAAUAAAAAAAAAAAUUGGUUUAUAUACAUUUAUUAUUUCGUAAACAUUAAUUUGUUUAAUUUGUUUAAAUUUAUCAAGAUAAUAUAUUAUGACUUAAAAAUAUACAAUAAUUACAAUAAUUUCAUUCAAAAAUGUAAC